AUGGGCUUAGCGGUUAUCAGAAUUAAAGAAGAAAACAAAGAAAAAAUAUUACCGCAAUAUUUGUUGGCUGUUCUCCAAGCACCAAAUUUAGAGAAAUUCUUUAUUGAUAGUAGUCUUUCUGAGGAUGUUAUGGAAAAUUUACGAGUAGAUCAUUUAAAAGAAAUCCCGAUACCCAUUGUUUCGCUAGCAGAGCAAGAAAAGAUCAAGAAGAUUAGUGAUGUUUGCUUAGUUAAUCCUUCCAAGUCGGAAACGAAAGAUAAAAAGGAUAUUGAAGUUUCUUUUUUAUCAAUGGAAGAUAUUGAGGAAUACUCUCUAUAUGUUUAUCCUCAACAAACAAAGAAAAUAGAAGAGGUUUAUCGAGGUUAUACUUACUUCCAAGAAAAUGAUUUACUGAUUGCUAAGAUUACUCCAUGCUUUGAAAAUGGAAAAAUGAGUAUUGUUAAAAACCUAGUAAAUGGAAUUGAAGAAGGCAAGUCAGUUAUGACAGGUUCAGUAGGUCAUCAGAGAAUUAGUGCUGAUUUUAUCGAUAUUUACCCUAUUCCAAUUCCUUCUCUAGAAAUUCAAAAAGAACUUAUUAGCGAGUUAAAAUGCGAUGAAAAAGAUAAGGAAAACCAAAAAGAAUUUAUUCAUCAUCAAGAAAAGAAAAAAGAAAGAUUUUUAAAAAGUCUCUGA